AUGGCGCUAAAAAGAGAGGCUGCAAGACAGAAAUAUUUGGAGGUUUUCGAAUUAGAUACAAAUGCAACUGAUGAAGAUAUCAAGAAGGCCUACAAACAGUUGGCAUUGAAGUACCAUCCAGAUAAGAACCUGAACGACCCAGAAGCAACACAAAAAUUUCAAGACAUUAGCAAGGCAUAUUUAGAACUAACAAGAUCUAGGGAGGCGAUUUGUACCCAGUGUGGCUGUGGAUGUGAUUUUGAGGUCAGUGAUGAUGAUGAUGAUGACGGUGAUUAUGAGGAUGAAGAGGAUUGGUACUAUGAAAGUGAUAGUGAAGAAAUGGAUGAUAAUGUCUUUUACUUUGGGAGAAUAUUUAUGGACGUAUUUUCAGAGUUCAUUUUUAAAAGAAGAUUCCAAACAAGAAAAAGACCCCCGAAUCAGAGAUAUACGGAAGAGGAACAGGAGGAGGACAUUUUCUUUGAUUUUAUCUUCAGGAAAUACAGGACACCAGAUGACAGUGACUAUGAGCUGAGGGAAGAUGAUCUGAAGAAAUUUCACUCUUAUGAAGAUUGGAUCAAGUCAAGGGAUCCAAAGAAAAGACACAAUCAUCGCAUGCGGAAGGCCAAAAAGAAAGCCAAUAGUAAAAUGCCCGGAGAGAAACCAAAAUCUGUCUCAAAGAAGCAGCUGCUAGCUGAACAGCGCCGAAGAGAAAAGGAAAUGAAAGAAAUUGGUGAAAACAUACAGUCCAAAAUACAACAAGGUAGCAAAAAUUCUAAGAAGGCUCAUCAUGGAGGAGAUCAGUGGGAGGAGAAUAGGGCUCUGAAGGAGAUGGAGAUGAUACAAGAUGAGAGUAGGAAAAGAGAAAUAGAGAUUGAAAAACAACAGAAGAAGUAUGAAGCCCAAGAGAGAUUGAAAGAGAAACGAAAAAAGAAAAAAGAAAUGAAGGAAAUGAAAAAGCAAGUUCAGAGUGAGGCCAGAAAAAAACUACAGGACCAGGAGGACUUGAAACCUGUGAUAGAGGAUGUAGACCAAACUGACAUUGUACAGCAGUAUAUAGACAAACAAAACCGUCUGUUUGGGAACAAAGCCAGUGAUAACCAGCGGAUAGACAACCAAGAACUCUUCCCAAUGGGAAAUAUGCGAGGAGAUGAUGUCUAUAGAGAAAGAGACAUGAAAUCUGGACUCCUGAAACAAUAUCUCUUCAAUGAAGACAACAACAAUAACACAACUAAUACUUCUUCAGAGAGCGUGAAAAGGGGAGAUAAUUCGAGUCUCUUGGACCACCACUUAAAACAGUACAAGGAGUUGAUGAAGGUGCAGCCUGUUCGACAUACAGAACAACAACUUAAGGAGGAGCGAACACGUCAAAAGGAAAUACAACUUCAGCAGAAGCAUCAAGAACUUGAGAAACUGCGUGACAAACACAAGGAAAAUUAUCAAUUCAAAGUGGAAAAGAAAACUACAUCCAGCUUCAUCACACUGGAAGACCAGGAAUUUGAGAGGAUGAGGAAAGAAUACCUUCAUAAGCAACAAGAUCUGGAGCACAAACGCAAUGAGGAGGAAAUCAAGGAAUUAAAAAAUAAAAGAAUCCAAACUCAGAAAUGGGUGCAGAAGGUGGAGCCUCCAAAGUGGUAUGACAAGUCAUCAAAAAAUACUGAGAGAACAGGUAAAUAACCUCCAGUUCCGAAGACAAAUGUUUGGUCAACACGACAGCAGAGGCUUCAGAACAUGGAAAUGAUGAGACCACGAAAUGAAAUGGAUGAGGAAGCAAUUCUUAGGAAAGUCCUAGAAGAAAGUCAGAAAACAGCAGAGCUGGAUGAAGAGAGGAGGAGGCAGUUAGCGGAGAGUAACAGGGAGAAAAGACUAAUGGAAAAAGAACUUGCUGCCAAAACUGUUUUACAAGAACCCGUAGAGAAGCCUUUCGUGAAACCAAAGCCUAUUGAAAGUAUCUGGGAUGUAAAUGAGGAUCCUCCAUUGCCUGUCAAGUCUGCACCAGUCAAACCAGUCGGUGCAUGGGCCAAUAAGCCUCUUAUCAAUGCAAAACUCACAAAACAGGAAACCUUGUCAGAUUCACAAAAAUUCAUCACAUCCGUUACCACUGAUGAUACAUCAAAAUAUCUAAAAUUGAGAACAGGUUUCAGUACCCUGCGCCCUAAUGUUCAACUCCGCAUCCCGGAAACGACGUUACCACAUGAUGAUUGGGAUGAAGAUCUGAAGGAUCAAUAUCUUCCUCAGCGUUCUCCAAGUUCAUUUCAUCAAUACAUGAAAUGGCAGCCCAUAGCUAAAGCUAUGCUGGAACAACAGAAGGAAGAAACAAAGACACAACUUGGUAAAUCUGUUGGUCAGUGCAACAAUUUCAACAUGAAGAAUGAUAAGGUAGUGUGUCAGUCACAGACAGUUCUCAGUAGGGACACAUCUAUCCAUAGUCCUAGCAGUGAUUCAUUUUCUGGACAGAUACAAGAUAAAAAAUCUCCCUGGAUGAAAGCUGCCUCUUACUCUGUCAGAGAAGAACAAAAAGUGCAAUCAACAGCAGAUGAGAACAAAGAGUCUACAGGGUUUCAGAAGUGUCAGAAAGAAAAGAAAGAAAAAUCCUUUGGUGAAGACUGGGAGGAUGAUAUAGAUGAUGUAGUGUCAGUAUGGCCCUCUACAACAGGACCCUGUGAUCUUAAAAAUAAGAAAACUUCCAUUAGUAAGUGUGAAGACCAUGCUCAACAUAUUCACCAGCAAGUGUCAUCCAAGAUUGGAAGUAUACACACUGUAAACAGGGAUUCAGGCCAUGAACCCUGUCUUUCAGAAAAAUUCCAGAGUCACAGAAAUCAGACAAGCUGUGAAACACACAUGACAGAAAUACAUCAGACCCCCAUCCAAAGUGAAUGGACAAAGUCUAAUACAAGAAAUAUGUCUGCAUCGUCAGAGAAUGCUACAGACAAAGAGCAGUCAUUCCUUCAGCCUCAGGGAACACAGUGUCUUGACUACAGUGAUUCCAAACCUCAGGAAGUCCCAGAAGUGGUGUUUAGUAACAGGCUUGGUGAGUCAGAUGAAUCCCGACAUCAGAGACUGUCAGAGCAACCUAGGCAUACCCUACCAAGGAUGCCAAAAAAUCCUCACGAGUCAUCUGAACCUUGUUCUCCUAAUACUCCGAUCGGUGGCAAUGUGUCCAAACCUAUCACAAAGCAGAGGGUGCCAGCCAUAUGGAAAAAUCUGAUAAAACAUGAAGCUAAUCCUCCAAAACAAAGUACAGAUGAGAUGUCAGAUUCACAAGCAGCACCUGUCUUGGAUGAAGAAGAAAACAAUCAGGAAAAUUUAGAGAAGAAAAAGGAUUGGGCCAGACACCUUCCUCUUCGUCUACCUCGUCUUCCAAAAGCAUUGCAUUCUCUGAAGCGGUACCAACGUUCUGACAAUAUGUCUAAUUCUGUAGCUUCUGUAGUAAAUAAACAACUGCCUUCUGCAGAAUCACAGAAAAUAUCUGGCCAGAAAUUAGUGCGAGAUCUCCUUAGUCAGCAAGCUGACUCAGAGUUCCUGAAAAGUCUAUCAGAAAUUGAACAUGAUGAACAAUCAUCCAUUAGUCCAAAAUCUUCGGCUGGGGAACCUAAGUCAGAUGUUGAUGAAAGCAUCAACAUUGUCAAAAGUGAUCACAAUCCUUUGAUGAAUGAAAGAGAAUCUGCAGCUCCUGGCUGUGAACCAAGCUGCCAUGUUCUCCCACAAGAUAGAUUGGAAGUUGAUAUCCACAGCCAACAAAUUAUACGUGGUACAGGGGAAGAUGCUUCACUUUCUAUAGAGCUUGGUCAAAGUGUCUCUCCAGAAAACCAUCUUGCUAUUUCUCCUAAAAAUGUAAUACCCCAAGGUGUGCCUGAUCAACAUAUACUCCAGUCGUCAUUACCUCGUGGCCUUCCUGAAGGUUUGCCUCCAUACCUCAUACAAGCCUAUCUCCAGUAUCUCAACCAGUCUUCCACGUCAGAGAAAUCUGGUUCUGUCAAUACUAUCCCAAUGCCAACUCCACAUGCUGUAGCCCAAGCAGAAGCCUCACUAGUUGGUUACCCUGUAGCUACUGGUCUAGGAUUAGGUGGUAUGCUGCCUUUGUCUGCCAUGAUGCCUAUACUUAGGCUGCCAAAUCCGGUGAUGCAAACAGAGUACUUACUGCAACAAAAACUUCAACUACUUCAACAACAGGAGGAGAGACUCCGACAGAACCAGCAACUGUUGAUGCAGCAGCAACAGCAACUUCUUCAGACACACAACCUUCAGCAGAGCAGUCAAAUUGUCGAAAGGGAGCUUGGAAAGACACCUGUGCUUUAUGCAAUGAAUGAAAACCUGCCAGGUCUCCAUCAAUCACAACACAUAAAGACUAGCAGUCCUUCACAGACUUCUACAGAGACACAUAACCUCAAUGUUAAUCCAGUGUUACAGAAUCUGGAAUACAAACAGAGACUCAUUAAGAUUGAAGGUAUUGAAAUACCUGCUGGAGAAGGUGACAGUGUGUUGCAGGGUCAAGACAUGAAGAAGUCUCAGUUUCAAAAGUCACCAUUUCAGAAUUCAAAAGGUGAUGCUGAAGGAGAUAGCAAAGACAAUUUGAGACAUACUGAUCUGUUUCAAGAGGAUGAAAACUAUCAAAGAGAUGGUAUACAGCAAUUCCACCUGUCACAAGUUCCUGAAAAUUCAAUGAAAACUGAACGGUACAACCCACCAACAGUUCUAGGGACCAUGCCAUCAGUACAACAGUACAAUCCACCAACAGUUCCUGGGACCAUGCCAUCAGUACAACAGUACAAUCCACCAACAGUUCCUGGGACCAUGCCAUCAGUACAACAGUACAAUCCACCAACAGUUCCUGGGACCAUGCCAUCAGUACAACAGUACAAUCCACCAACAGUUUCUGGGACCAUGCCAUCAGUACAACAGUACAAUCCACCAACAGUUCCUGGGACCAUGCCAUCAGUACAACAGUACAAUCCACCAACAGUUCCUGGGACCAUGCCAUCAGUACAACAGUACAAUCCACCAACAGUUUCUGGGACCAUGCCAUCAAUACAACAGUACAAUCCACCAACAGUUUCUGGGACCAUGCCAUCAGUACAACAGUACAAUCCACCAACAGUUCCUGGGACCAUGCCAUCAGUACAACAGUACAAUCCACCAACAGUUCCUGGGACCAUGCCAUCAGUACAACAGUACAAUCCACCAACAGUUUCUGGGACCAUGUCAUCAGUACAACAGUACAAUCCACCAACAGUUUCUGGGACCAUGCCAUCAGUACAACAGUACAAUCCACCAACAGUUUCUGGGACCAUGCCAUCAGUACAACAGUACAAUCCACCAACAGUUCCAGGGACCAUGCCAUCAUACAAUCCACCAACAGUUCCUGGGACCAUGCCAUCAGUACAACAGUACAAUCCACCAACAGUUCCAGGGACCAUGCCAUCAGUACAACAGUACAAUCCACCAACAGUUUCUGGGACCAUGCCAUCAGUACAACAGUACAAUCCACCAACAGUUCCUGGGACCAUGCCAUCAGUACAACAGUACAAUCCACCAACAGUUUCUGGGACCAUGUCAUCAGUACAACAGUACAAUCCACCAUCAAUCCCAGGAAACAUUACACCAUCACAUCAAUAUAAUCCCCCACCUGUUCCAGGAAAUAUUCAAUCAGUAAAACAGUACAAUCUUCCAUCAAUUCCACAACGAAAUGCUGAAUCAAGACGAGAUGGAUUUGAUAUACAUCAUGGAAAUUCUCAAAUAGUAGAACAUUCAAUCACAAGACCAAGGACUCCAGUCUCAAAAAUGGAGAACAAAGAUCGUGAUAUGAUGAAGGAUCCUUCAGUGAUAUCGGUUGGGAAGAAGUAUCUCCAGCUUCCUCCUAAACUACAACGUCGACAGGAGCAGACUCGAGCUGUUCAACAGAUGAUCAGCAAAAUUCACAUGGAUAGUCUUGAAAUGGAACAGGAUGAGACAGAUGAAAAUAAACCACAGAGGUGUUUUUAA